GAAACUAUUUGUUUAUCUGGCAUAAUUGAUAUCAAGUAAAUUAACAUCUAACAUAUUGAUCGAUGGAAGCACGUCUGUGAAAAUCAAUGACGGAGCUAGGCUUAGCUCUGUUAGAUUUGUAGCAAAACUCUGCAUUUAAAUAGCCGUGGAACAUCGAUAAGACUUGGUCCUCGUUCCGUUAAGUAAAAUCAAUGCAUUAACAUACUGUAAGCCUCUUCAGGGAGAGCGUCGGUCCUGUCAAACUUUCAGCACAGAUUCCAAUCUCUGGAACACGGCCUCUGUGAUUCCCGGAACAGUGCGCCACGAGAAACAGUUCUGCACGUUCCUGUGGAGUUGAAGUUCAAACAUCAUUGAUCCAGUAGACUGUCCAAGAAAUGGAUAUUAAAUAUUGCUAUUAAUGUACCCUUGAGACAGGAACCGGUCAUAGAAGAUUUUAAAGAUGCCUCCAGAGUUAGAUUCAGACGAAAGCGACGUGGAGAAGUCGCCAUCGGCAGAGAACCAGAAGUACAAGGUGCGUUCACAUCUCAACACGGAAUACGGGAAGCAAUCUAAACGGGACCUCAUAGACAACAUGUUCUCCUAUAUUGACAGAGACCUGUUGAUUUGUAAGCUAUUUUAUUUCUUCUUUUUUGCGGCCUUUGGGUCACUUUUUCCUUUGCUUGCCAUAUACUUUAAGCAACUGGCGAUGAACCCCACGAGGAGCGGUAUUCUGAUCGGAUUUCGCCCCUUCGUCGAGUUUUGCAGUGCCCCAUUUUGGGGGAGUUUAGCCGAUAGAUAUAAGAAAGGAAAGCAGUUGCUUUUAUUUUCUAUUUUCUGCUGGAUAGUAUUUACUCUUGCUAUAGCGUUUGUGAAACCGCCGCACUAUAAGUGCAUAGAAUUUGGAAAUUCCACCCUCCGUGGCCCUCCAGAGGGCUUCGACAGUCGUGGGGUGACCAGCGUCAUUGGGAGGUCGAAAAGGGAGAUAAGCGAUGAGUUUAUUUAUUCUCACAGUGAAAUGUUACAUGCUGCAGUAUUACAUUUGCAAGGUCGAUUUAAAAGAUCCCCUGAGACACCAUUUAACUUUCCUCCUUCAAGUGUUCAAACAUCUGUUUUACCAAUUAAAUCAGCCAUUAACAAGAAUACAUCGGGUACCACCAGUCCUACGAGACUAUCUUCCACAAUUAAACCCCCUUCCUCGACAACCGAGAGGGACACCGGGGGGUACACCUGUCCCCCACACAGUACCCAGUGCUUCAAAAACGGCGACAUACAGGAUACUUUCUUCAAACUUCUUCUGCUUGUGGUGAUAGGGGAGUUCUUCAGCGCACCUGCCAUCACAUUUGUGGACUCCGUCACCCUAGCUUAUCUUGGGGAGGACACGGAUAAUUAUGGGCGACAGCGGAUGUUCGGGUCGCUUGGAUGGGGUAUUUCGAUGUUCUUUGUUGGACUCGCUUUAGACCAUUCGUCCACCUUCCCUAAUCAUCCAUGUUUGUUUACGUACGUUACGGAGAAGAACUACACUAUGUGUUUUGCCGUGUUUUCGGUGUUGAUGAGUUGUGCUUUCAUCACAGCCACACAACUUAAGUUUGACGACCGUCAUGGCGGGGGUCAGGAUAUUCAGCUUAUGGAAAUUGUUUCCAGGGUCAAGGACAAGGUCGUUGGUGUUAUCAAAGGGGAAAAAACAGACACUAAGACAAUUUUUAAAAGUGAUGAAGAUGCUGAAAUUGGGUAUCUGGAGUCAAAAGCUAGCGAAUCAAACUUGGAGCGAAUGGAAAAGCAAGAACCUUCCUACCAAGAUCAAAACGGUAGCGGGACAGUGAAUGAAAAUGGUAAAAACCUCCAUAUCUCGCUACAGAAAGGCAACAAUGAUAUGGUAGAUGACGCUGUGAAAAAUUCCGGGUACACAAAGGUCAGUGGCCUUGAGGAAGAAGAAGAUGAACCGUUCCUUGGGAAAUGGUUCGCUGUUUUGAAGAUGCUGGCCACAUUUAAAUACAUUUCCGUUCUGUUUAUCGCCUGGUUUAUGGGGUUUGGGAUUGGCCUCAUUUUCACCUUCCUGUUUUGGCAUCUACAAGACAUCGGCGGAAGCCCCACUUUGUUCGGCAUCGCCUCGGUUUUCAACCAUAUAUCGGAGCUGAUAACAUACUUCUUCAGUCGAAAUAUCAUCAAUAAGUUUGGUCACGUUAAGAUCCUGUAUGCAGGCCUGGUGGGUAACAUUGUUCGAUUUAUGUACAUUUCCUGGCUCCAAAAUCCUUGGUGGGUGUUGCCGUUUGAGUUCGUGCAAGGCCUGACCCACGCCGCAGUGUGGGCUGCUUGCUGCUCUUACAUCUCCCAGGCAAUCCCUGCGGGCCUCCGUUCCUCUGCCCAGGGCAUGUUGCAAGGGCUGCAUCACGGUCUAGGUAGAGGGUGCGGCGCUGUAUUUGGAGGACUCAUGGUGUAUGGCUAUGGCGCCAGGAUUACGUUUAGGAUUUAUGGAGUCACGUGUUUAGUGGUGCUAGUGUUCUAUGUCUCCCUACGGUAUCUCCUAGAUGACAGAGGUUCUUUCAGUUAUGGCGGGAAACAAAAGCAUCAGCUUAUGGAGGAAGAGUCUCCCACCUGCCACUUAGCUCCGCAUGGUGUGCCAUCCGGAAUGGCUCGGGAUUUAUCCAGUAGUAAACUAAACGCAGGAUACAACCAGCCUGUAUAUGGUACUAGUAACGCAGAGUCCUACGAUCAUUCCAAUGCUUUCCUAGAGAAACUAGCUCAGGAACAGGGUAAACAAAGUGAAUUUGGAAGCAUGCCAAAAAUGUCAACUCAAGCUUAUCAGCAGCAACCUCAAGAAAUGUCCGAUCCUUUCCGGCCCUGACCGUAAAUGACAAGAGUUUUGCUCACUUCGUACUUCUGUGCUCCGUUGAACGCUCGCGUGGGUCUACUCAGUGGUGACCCGUGCUCUCUAAUUUUGAGUUGCAUGUUUGUUAGUGGACACAUUCGCAACCUCUCGGGUCUUUCUGGUAAGCGGAAAAACAACAGUAUUCCCGAGAAGUUGAGAUUGCCGUGAACUUUGCAGAAGUAUUACUUAAAUAAGUAGUAAAACUAGUACUAUAAUACCUAUCCAUUCCAUACCCAAGAGAUGAAAUUCGUAGUGGAUUGAACUGUAUGUAUGUGCAUCAAGGCGAGAUUUUGUAAUCCCCGUAAGAUUUGAAUAGAUAUGUAAAGUGAAAGUUAAAACUUGAAUAAUUUUGUGACCAGGGGCGGAUCCAGAAUUUUAAAGAACGGGAGAGGGGUUGUGACCAAAAUUUGUACCUUUUCAGUCCUCCUAAAUGGGGAUUAAAUACCUCAGAAUGAGAAAAAGUACUAUAUUUUGUCCAAAAUGUUCAACCAAAGAGGGGUUGAAACCCCUGUAACGCAAAAUAAUCUCCCCUUAGAUCCGCUCCUGUGUAUCUUAGCAUGUCAUGACGAGCAUUAAAUGUGCGCACAUCACGUGAUUGUGAUAAAAAAAGUAAUGAAAUCAACCUGUUUAUCGCAAUGUAAUACAGCAGUAAAUACAUAAUAAAUGCAGUAUAUGUAUUGAUGUAUGUAGGCAGUUGCCCCUAGAGUCUGUUUAUCUUGUUUUGUUUGAAUCACGAGUGUAUAUUUUAAUAGAUUGUUAAGUUACAUAUAGGCUGUACCUAUGUUGUUUUUGAUUUGAAUAAAAAUUAAAAACGCUCUGAAAAA